AUGCCCACGAAGAAACCCCAAUACAAUCCUCCUUUCAACCAAUUGAAGAUCCUCCCGGAGAAGAUCUGGCCACUCCUGACCCUCGAUCAGAUCUCCGAUCAUGACUUGGCCCCCUAUGGCAUUGUUCGCGAGGAGUUUGACAUCGAGGCACCAGAUACCGUCCUUGGAGACAAGCUCCCAAUACUUUCCACGCCUUUGUCCCAAAGAACUCUGGACAAGCACCCAAUUAACAAGAAGGCCCUGGGUUUCGACCACGGGGACUUCAAAUACACGGAAGAGUUCACUUCUGGAGAGGGGACUUUAGACCAGGAGAAGUUUACGACACGGGCGGAAGAGGCCGCUCGCUACCUCCAGCGCUGGGCAUGGCAUGGCUUCCCAAGGUCCAACGCAUAUCUGGGCGCUGGAAGACCAGGUUGGUCGCUCCAGCGUAUCAUGGAGCAACCCCGGACAGGAGCCAUACUCCCCUACAAAGCGGCAUGUGACCCUUAUGGUCACUCAGGAAUGCUGUGGAAGCCCUGGAUCAAUGCUCCUGCGAGCUUUUUCCAUUGCUCGGAGCAAUGGAGGCAAGAGCAUCCCAGCCCAAGGUCGCCGGGGAGGAGGAGGCAGAGCGGUUUCACUCCGAUCCGAACAUGGUCCAAACGCAACUUCCUCGAUUGUUCCCAAACGAGCAAAGAUUCCCUGUGUUGUUAG